UUCAUUAUACUCUUUGGAUUUCAGAUUUGGUUUGCUUGCAUUUUUAAAUGUCAUAUUUAUUGGAAAAAUACAUCGGGAUUUUAGGAUAAAAGUGAUCACGAUGGCUGAAAAUAAAGAAGAAAUUCUAGCAAACUUUCAGAGCAUUACCAAUGUAGAUGUUGCUGAAGCAAUAUUUCACUUAGAAGAAGCCAAUUGGGACCUUCUGUCAGCCAUAAACCGAGUGAUGCCCCAAGAUGGCAACACUGCAUCACAAACAAACAACACACAUGAUGUAGAAAUGAUUGAUGAUGAUAUAUCUGUGAUAACACCAAAAACACACCCACCUGAUAGAGACGAUAGAAACCAAGCAUCCACCUCGUCAAUUAUGAACAAUAUCACAAAUUUAGUGGAACUACAAGUUAAUUGUAAUAACAAGAUACAGGAGAUUAAAAUGUCCGGUUUUGCUACUGUCAGUGACUUAAGAAAAAGAUUAGAAGCGGUAUUUGGUAUUCCCGUGUGCCAGCAGCAGAUAUCUGGUUUGGGUGGGUCAAAGGCUUCUUCUACUGCCCUACUGUCAAGCUUAGGACUUCCAAGGAAUGCUGUUUUAAGACUUAAAGCUGCUGAUAGAGUAAUGGCUGAUGAUGAGAUAGCAGAAAGACUAACAGCAACAUAUAUACUAUCAAUAAAGAAUGAAGAGGAGAACGGCAAGGAGUAUAAACUAAGUUUUCCCGGCACAAAAACUGUGCAGGAGGUUAAGAAUGAUGUGUAUUCAUUAUUAGACAUACCUGUGAGGCAUCAAUUAUGGUCUGGCUGGCCCAAUAUUACAGGAUUAGAUGAUACCGUUCUAGCGAUGGUGGGGCUUGAUCAGCCCGAACACAGUUUCACUAUCAAGAAAGCGCCAAUCAAACAGAAGGAAUACAAGAGGAUAAUAGUUGACAGCUCGGACAGUGACAACAGUUCUGUGGAGGAAGUGGAGGACGGGGAAACAUUCCCUGCUGAAGAUGACAUGUUUGUGGAUGUGUCAUCUGACAGACUACAGCCGCUAAUGUCAGAUCACGUGACAGACGAAGCACUGGGUUGUAUAGAAUUUGCACAACGUUUCAAAGCUCGCUACGGCCCAAGCACUCCCAACUUUUUCGAGGGAAGCCUGCAGGAUGCUAUAAAAGAAUCGUGUCUCAAGCCAGCAAAAGAGAGAAAGCUCCUGGGAGUGUACCUUCAUCACGAGCACUCGGUACUGUCCAACGUGUUCUGUGCCCAACUGCUGGGGUGUGAGACGGUGCUUCAGACUCUGUCUGCAAACUUUGUGGUGUAUGGGUGGGACCUCACAAAUCCGGAUAAUAUGAAUAUGUUGUUGACUUCGGUUGCUAACUCCUUAGGCCCUGUGGCCAGCAUGACGGUGCGGAGUAUCCCCAUAGACAGACUUCCGGCUUUGAUCAUCAUCAUGAGGGUCCGCUCCAACACAGAGAUAUAUUCCGUUAUUAAUGGCAAUGUAGGCGUAUCAGAAUUAGUGGGGGGGUUAGUUGAAGCAAUUGAGAGGUUCGGCUCUCAGCGUGAUGAAGACGUUCGAGUUGAGAGGGAGAGACAGGCGCGGCAGAGAGUGAAGAUGGAGCAGGACGAGGCGUACGAACAGAGCCUCGAGGCUGACAGAGCGAAAGAAGAAUUUAAAAAGCAGCAAGAAUUCGAAAAGAAUCAAGAGUUGGAGCGGGCUGAGUCAGAAAGAAUGAUGGAAGAAGCGAAAAAAGAGGCUCUGCGUGCCGGCGCCGCAGCGCGCGUGCCAGCCGAGCCGCAUGGCGACGCGGAAGACGUGUCUCGUAUACGCGUGCGGCUGCCGCCCCCGCACCACGAGGUUCUGGAGCGACGCUUCCACAGUACUGACACGCUCGCGGGGCUUUUAGACUACCUAGCAUCAAAGGGCUACCCUAAAGAAAACUACAAGGUGAUAUCGAGCUGGCCUCGGCGGGACCUCACAACGGAAUCUCUCAGCAGUACAUUGAAGGCACUAAAACUUUAUCCACAAGAAACAAUAGUUCUCGAAGAGCGGUGAAGUGUGACCGCGCCCUUACAUGUACCCACCCAGAGCUGUUUCACACCGAACGAAGCGAUGCGGCUAGUGUUACGGACUUAUUUAAUACUAUUUAUUCAUGAAACAGACAUAAUAUUAAAGUUACAUAAAUCUGAUGUUCCAAAAAGCGUAAAUCAAUAAACUAAUUUUUCUAUGGGUCAGCUUUGGCCUAUUCAACUGUUUUUGUAACUAUCUAACCUCAUUUUUGCUAUAGAACCUAGAAUCUUAGAGCAUAAGUAAUAUUGGAUACAAUUUAUACAUUCAUAUACAUAAUGCAAUGCAGCUUUCCUUUCUUAUGGUCUAUUUUAUUCUGUGAAUGUAAAGUGGAUAUUUUUGUAUAAAUAAUAAUUAAGAAAUUUCGCAAAUUUUUACAAGGCCAUAGUGUGUUUUUUUAUCCGUUUUAUUUAAUACUUCAGUGGGGUAUUUGACUACAUUAAAAUUAUAUACAUAUUAAGAUAUCAACUUAUUUUUGGACAUAAAAAGGAAAUAUGAAUAUCUUAUUUACAUGAAAUUUUUAUAUUUAAUUUAAUUUUUGUAAAUCACGCGUCAUAAGGCUCUGGGAACAGUGACAUCACUGGCUAGUGUUGCAAAUAUAUAUUUGGUACAUGCACGAGCACUGAAUCUUCGCAUUUCAUUUUGCUGUAAAUUAUUUCUUUUUUGUUUUAUCUAAAAAAGAAACCAUUAAUUGUAUCCUGAAUAGUUAUUUGGGUUUGUGUGGUCAAUUUACGCAUAUCAGAGUUUAUACGGUCUGAGUGAAUCAAAAUAUGGAUAGGAAAUAUCGACCUACAUGGCUAUAUAAGAAUCAAUAUUUAUCUAAAGUUAUUAUAGCGCGUGAUUAUGCGUGGAAGUUGGCAUUUUAUUUAUUCAUAUCUUAUUAGUGAUUUUAACUUGUUAUUUACAUUAUUUUACGGCCAUUCCUAAUAGACUAUCUACAGACAGUAAUUAGCGGUCAAUAAUCUGAAGCCGUCCCAAUAUACCCUGUAAGUCAUUCUUAUCGCCUUAUAUUAGGACGCAUGAAAUUCCAUCCAAACUUCUAUCGCUGGUAAGCUAUACGUCCUUCCAUUGACAGACAGCGUGUACGGAUAAGGUGAGUUACCAUCGAUAAGUUUAUUAGGGCAGAAAAGUCAACGAUAGUUAUGAUUUUUAUCUCAAGUAUUCCACAACCGGAGAUAGACUGAACAUUGGCAACGGCCGUUAAACGUUCUCAUAUAACUAGUCGAAUAUCCCAUUGUAUUCAGAAAAUAAUUAUAAUUGGCUUAGGAUCUCACUUAUAAUAUUAUAAUUUUAUUUAUAUACAUCAUAUUGUAGUACUUAGAUUAUUUUAACAUGCCGCUAUGUUUGCCGUUUGUUCGGUGUGAAAUGCCAUUAGUCAUACGAUUUACACGUCGUUGUGUAUUGCCAAUUAUUAUUGGCAUUACCUUAAUUUUUUAAUUCAAUAUAACAGGCGACUAGUAUGUCAUUUAUCUAGAAUAUUCCGAUAUAAAUAUAAAAUGUUUCUAGUCCACUUUUUACCAACCACUAUAAUAAUUAUAUAAGUUAGCUAAAAGUGACUGUCAUCAUUGAUUUAUAUGACUUUCGAACCAGCGCUUCCUUGUAAUCAAUUUAAAUGGCUUUUUCGGGACGGUGCUUGCGAGUGGAGUGCUCUAUGAACUCUCCCAUUCACAACCUGUAUCAUAUUGAUGUCUAGCAUUUGAAAAUAAAGGCAUUUAUUUUCUCAAAUUGAUUCCAUUAGAAUUCUUUUUGAUGCAAUUUCUAAUAUACUAGACACUACUACCGCUUCGGAAACAAAUGGCGCUCUGAGAGAGAAGAAGCGGCGCAAGAAACUCGCAGCAUUUUUUUUUGCGCGCUUUUCGAGAAACUUUUUGCUUCGCACAGCCAGAUCAGAAUCAAUUACCGCCUGCAGUUGUCCCGAACCGAUACGACUUUGGAACCUUCAACCUUAGAGCAUACUCCCAACUUAAGGGCCGCCAACGCACUUCUUGACCCCGGUUUCACGGAUGUCCAUGGGCGGUUGCCUUGCCAGUUCCCAUCACCUAAGCUGUUUGCCCCCAUCUUAUAUAAAAAACAAGAUUACUAUACGUAUUAAGAACAAACUGGGCUAUCCCUAUCCAUGUUUGAUACGAGCGAAAAAUAAUGAGAUAGUCCGUCUUUAGCUGUGUCAUUCUAGAAUAUGAAACCUUGUCACCUGAGCGUGGUUAACUAAGCGUGCGAGAGAGGAGCCUUUCUCUAACGGAGUUAUGCUAUUGUUACUGUAACCGAUCUUAAUUUUUCAAGUCGUAAACAGUCAGCCACGCUUGGCAAUUAGCGCCUUAGUAUUUUGCAUAGUAAACCACUGACGCACACAUUGGCAAAUAUUUGUGGUCACAUUAUCGGGCUGUCAGGUCGUCUUUAGUAUAUUCUAACUCUAUGUUGUAAACGAACUUUAUCUACACCCUAAUGUUUUAAAUCCUCUAUAAAAGAUUCUGAAACAGUUAGCUUACUGCUAACAUUAAAAAGGCCAGUCCUAGUAACCAUUACAUCAUCGAAACUAGUGUUGUAAUUUUGUACUGAAUUUCAUCACAACACUCGUUUGGAUGAUGUAAUGGUUAUUAGGAUUCAUAUUAUGGGUAUAGAUAAAGUCUUGUAUGCAACUGUUGAUGAUUAGGUCUUAAAACACUCAUGUGAUACUAUUAUCACCCACAUUCGUGUUUUAAUAACCCUUAUUACACAACAGUUGCAUAAAUAACUAUUACUGAUCGCCAUAGUGUCUUAACGUUCGUUCGUCUGUCUAUUUCUUUCUUCCCCGACUGCGAGGGUGUUUAUCAAUUUUAUGUAUGUAUGCUUGUUCUAUUGAGGCGCUCUAGAGACACGCGUGGGUUGAUUUUGAAAAUUCUACUUCAAUCAAAUUGUCUUCAAUAAUAAUCAUAAUAAAAUUUGGCGACAUUUUGUAAAAAAAAAGACGAAGCUUUGUUAAGUGGGGUUUUAUGUCGAAUGAUCAUUAGACAGUCGUGUUUUAAAUUUUUUAUUGUAAAUUAAUAUUAUUGUAAUAUAAGGCAGUCCGAUCUCUUUGUCUAUGAGAGAAAAGACACUAUAGUAGACCUUCUUUCUGUUCUUUGUCUGUGGUUUCUUACAAAUCCGACGGGUUCUUCUGAAGGACCAUAACAUCUUUACGUAUAUAACAGUGUAAAUCGUAUGAAGCUAUAAAUGAUUCCACUUACCCGUAUUUCAAUAAUGUUUUCUUCGUAACAAUUCCUAGUCGAAUUGUAAACCUCAGCGGAACAUUUGUACUGUGUAUUUAAAUGCGAGUUGUUUCAUUAAAUUUGUAUUUGUAUAAAUGGUAUUAAAAUAAAAUAGGAAAUAUU